CGCCGCCGAGCAGAAUCGGGGCGGCGAGGUCCGGACGGUCGCGCCCGCUUGGGAGCGGGGCUCCAGCCCCGGCCGGUGCGUGUGUGUGCGUGCGCUACGUGACUCGCCGCUUAUGGUGUGCUGCUGGCCGCGCAUGACGCGAGCCUCGUGACUCGCGACUGCUGACUCUCGACUCGGACUCUGCCGGCCCAGCGACUGUGAGUGGUGGCCGUGACCUCUCAGCGCGCGACUCGGCCGCCAUGAAGCUGCUGAUGCGCCUCGCCGUGGUCGCGUUGGGCAGCUGCCUGAUCAUCAUCAGCAUCGGACUGAUCGAUCAGCUGCCGCUCAGCAGAUCGCCGCUCGAGCGCACCCGCCUGCCCGCCAAGCGGCUGCUCAUCAAAGCCAACCAUUCGCGCGAGCACUCUGCCCAGCUGGGUGCUGACCAGCAGCACGAACGUGACCUGCGCGGCGAGACGGGCAGCGAGGCGGACCGCGGUGACCUGGCGCCGGGUGGCCUGCGGGUGACGAGGCCCGGGGGGCCGAGCCCGUCGCCGCCAGCGCCGGUCAAAUUGACCGCGGUGCGGGCCUACCUGGACAUGUUUCAGUGGCAGUACAAGCCGGCUCUGGCGCAGCGACGUCGCCGCCGGCCGCCGCAGACGCUGGGCGAGCGGCUGGGCUGGAGUCGAAGUAACCUGACGAGCGCCCAGCAGUUCUGGUGGGACAUCUCCCCCGAAGCUCUCUACCCGAAGCACAGCGAGGCAGUGCCGCAUUUGAUCAAGGAAAUGGCCAGCCUGCCCAUCAGUGCCAUAGAACAAAAGACAGGUGGCACGCAGCUGAAGCUGAUCAUAACUCUGCAAAACGAGGCCGAGGCACUCGUCAAGCCAAUGAGGUUUCCGCGGGAGCAGGAGACGCUGCCAAACCACUUCUACUUCUCCGAUUACGAGCGGCACAACGCUGAGAUCGCUGCGUUCCACCUCGACAGGCUGCUGGGCUUCCGUCGCGCGUCCCCGGUGGUCGGCAGGAUGAUGAACAUGACGUCCGACUUGUACGCCCUGGCCGACGACAAGCUGCUCAAGACGUUCUUCAUCUCACCGGCAAACAACCUCUGCUUCCACGGCAAAUGCAGCUACUACUGCGACACGGGACACGCCAUAUGCGGCUCGCCCGACAUGCUGGAGGGCAGCUUCGCGGCGUUCCUGCCGCGCACCGAGCUGGCCAAGCGGAAGACGUGGCGCCACCCCUGGCGCCGCUCCUACCACAAGCGCAAGAAGGCCAUCUGGGAGCUAGACGAGAACUACUGCGAAAUGGUGCAACAGAUGCCGCCCUACGACACGGGCCGACGGCUGUACGACGUGAUCGACCUGGCUAUCUUCGACUUUCUCAUGGGCAACAUGGACCGACACCAUUACGAGACGUUCCGGAUGUUCGGAAACGACACCUUUCUGAUACACCUUGACCAUGGAAGGGCGUUCGGCAAGUCAGCGCAUGACGAGAUAACCAUCCUGGCACCGCUGUACCAGUGCUGUCUGAUCCGUGCCUCGACGCUGCAGACCUUGUUCGAGUUCCACAAGGGCCGCAAGCUGUCGGACCGACUUCGCGACUCGCUGUCACGUGACCCGCUGACCCCGGUGCUGCUGGAGAAGCACCUCGUGGCGCUGGACCGUCGGGUCGACCGCACCUUGCAGAUUGUGAACGAAUGCUUGGAAACCAACGAGACUCCGGAGGCAGUCAUAUACAAUGACGUCCUCGUCUAGGGAACCCGCGAACGUCUCCGGCUCCGGUAUGACGUCCUCGUCUAGGCAACGCGCGAACGUCUCCGGCUCCGGUAUGACGUCCUCGUCUAGGCAACGCGCGAACGUCUCCGGCUCCGGUAUGACGUCCUCGUCUAGGGAACCCGCGAACGUCUCCGGUUCCGGACGAAGACUAGACGCUCUGGACCAUGGGAGACCAUCUCUUACUAGUCACCUGCUACCCCCUCAGAUUGCCCUGCUCUCCCGCUCCAUCCAGACAGACGUCCUCCUUCAAAACCUCCGUCUCCGAGAGACUUCUCCGCCCGCACCGCCGGUGGCGGCGAGAUCAUCAUGCUCAGACUGGUCCCGUCCAGACGUCUCUUCCAGGCAGAGGCGAAGGCUUUCCAGCCGAAGGCGAUCAACACCUGCAGGGUCGUCACGGUGUGACCGAGACCCGCGGCUGGGGGGCGUCGCAGCGGCCAGCAGCCCAACCAGGGCUGUGGGUGUCAGUCGAUCCCGCGGUCAGGCCAUGAGCUGGGGGCGGGGAUGGAUCAGUAGGGAUCACACCCCCAGGGGCGAGGGCGCGAUAGGGGAGCGGGGUGGAAGCAGGUGAAAGCGACUUUCGGGGGUUGAGAGCCGAAGUUGACUCGGGUCAAGGUCGCGAGAGUUUCACGCGGGCGGAGGCUUGGCAACGCCUCAGCACCGACCAAGCGCAUCCUGGCCGAGUGCCAGGCGCGCCUACGGAUCUCUAGAGCAUCCUCCCGCAACAGGUCCGCGCCCUUCCCUCGUUGGUCCUUAUAUUGGCGAGCGGCUGUUGGGGUCACGACACGGAGGACAUUGACACCGGCGCCUGCUGUGAUGAGCCAGAUGACAUCACGUCAGAUGUGACGUCAUCGACUGCGGGUGCGGCACGGCGCCGGCGCCUCUCGGCGGGGUGCCAUGGCCCCACGUGUCCAGACAGGAUGGCCCCACGUGGUCCCUAAGCGUUCCUUCUCCUGGCACUUUCUGGCCCGUUCACUUGAACUGUGGCUAUAGCAGGGUAUUAUGAGGCUACAUUGAUGAAGGCUGACGGUGUUCUGUAACUUGUUGUGAGUGUGCAUUUGUUGCUGGCGGUCGGGCCAUGCGUGGGAGAGUCGUUCAACUGCGACAACCGCAUAGGCUUUAUUUUGAAAUCCAAUGCUAUGCGGCUGUAUGCCUAGCUGGGAAGUCCAGAUGUUCGUGUACUAUUUAGCUCCAAUUGUCUAAGUUUCGUUCUAAAUAACGCGAACUUGUCGACUAAUCUAAACUCACUUCCAAUAAAAUCGGGCGGGUUUACUGGGAUGAGCCAACACACCUGCACCACACUUUUCUGCAAAAGCGUGUCAUAUCUGUCCAUGCCUCCAUACAAAUCAGCGCAAUAUCCGCGCUAUUAACAUGAGGCCACGUUCAGGCUCUAAACUUUGAACAAACAUCCGUGGACGGCUCUGGGGCCCAGGUUCACAUCAGUCGGUGCCGCCUCUCUGUGCUGUGGACGGCUCUGAGGCCCAGGCUCACAUCAGUCGGUGCCGCCUCUCCGUGCCAUGGACGGCUCUGGGGCCCGGACUCACAUCAGUCGGUGCUGCCUCUCCGUGCCAAACAGGCGAAUGGCGGAUAAGUCAAAUGCAAGCGGAUUAAUGUGAGCGCUGCACAGUGUGACUGACUGUGGCCGAUGUUUGUUGUUGACCAUAUUUUUAUCGGUGGAGAUACAUCUGUUCAACGGAUGAUGCAUGCAGGUGGGUUUUGGUGCAGUGGAUCAUGCAGGUGUUUCUGUAUGAAAUGCAUAGCUAUUUGAGGGUUUGAACUGUUUGCUGUUUGCGGGCUGGUUUGAGCACCUCUUGUGACGUGUUUAUGGUUGUUAAUCAGGUGCCAUCGACGUCUGUGGCGGCGGCAGGAACAUGAAUUACUGCUGUGUCUAAUUUAAGGACCCGUGCCGCGGGUAACAGCCAAUUAAGAAGCGGUAGCCAUUGAAACACCUAACAACCUGACCAAGGGUAAAGCGCGGCACGAAUUCCCGUCCGCAGCACGCAAUCCGUCGAUGGGGCCACCCCAACUCACCUUUGGUCGAUUUCGCAUCCAAAGCGCUCUCAGUUCUGCCCCCGGACCCGAACCUGGCUGUUCUGCCGCCAGUCGGCGGGUGGCUCCGUGUCCCCUCCCCUGCCCGGAUCCACGACGACCUCCUGCAGGACCCCCC